UUUAGCGAACGUGUUGACCGCACAGUAACGACGCCGACGCGACAGUAGCAAGGACGGCGGCCCGGCGCGGCGCAGCUGCCGAGAACGUCGUUUUCACUGACGCAACAUCGAUCGCGCACCUCCACUGGCUAUAACCUUUGCAUUUUCCAACGGGAUUUCGUUGCGACUCCACGGAGUUUUGCCGUCCGACAGAAUUCAAGUGAAAUCAGCUCAUCAGCCGGUGCUGCGCGCCUAAAUUUCCGAUCGUACACGAUCUAUUUCUGAUUUACGACGUGUUCUCCGAAAAAUGAAGACCACCAAGAGCUCCAGCUGAACAACCCCACGAACGAAACCUAAGGAGGGACCACCGCUUUCAGGGUGAAAGUUUUGUGUAACGCCGUCCCAUGCGUCGCCAAGUUGCAAUUUUGAACUGUUCAAGGAACGUUGAUGGCAUUUGAAUUGCGGUACUGCCCUUGGUUUAGUUGUUGCGAAGGCUGAUACUUACGAGGAGAGAAUUAAAAGGCCUAUGAAUAGCCGUCAAAAAGUAUGAAUAAUCGUGACUCGUCGGCGGCUGCAUCGACGCGAGAUUCUUCCCGAUAGCGGCGUCGAUCGCAGACGUCGGCGAUUGACGUCAUCAUCAUUAUAUUCAUUAGUAUCGGCUUAUUGUCCGCUUUGAUAGUAACAACGAUUAAACAUCGAAAUCAUGGACAAGCAGGAGUUUUUUGCGAAUCUACAUUAUUUACCGAUCGCCGUCUUUAUCUCCUUACCUACAGUUUUCAUUUUAACAUACGUAAUCGCUGUCUUAUUGGGGCAUGUGGAAGCUGGUUUUCCUUACAUUUCUGAUGCAGCGACUCACCCACCAGAAAGUUGUAUUUUUUCUCAAGCUGUCAAUUUAAUCGCUAUUCUCAUGGGUUUUAUGAUAUACGUAAGGUAUUUCCAAGUUAAGGAAUGCAUCAGAGCUUUCGGUUUAUCAACUUCUUUGCCGAAAUGGAAUCAUUGGGCUUUAAUUUUUGGCCUGAUAUCAACUGCCGGAUUAUCAAUUGUCGCAAACUUUCAAGAAACAUCAGUAAUAGUAGUUCAUCUUAUCGGUGCAAUUCUCUGUUUUGGAGGUGGUACAGCGUAUUUUUGGACCCAGGCCGUUUGUUCAUUUUACUUGCAUCCUCCAGGAUGCUCAUUACGACUCGCGCAUUUUCGCACGGCGUUAUCAACUUUUUGUACUGUAUGCUUCUUCGUGAUCCUUAUCACAGGCGUGUUGGCUCGUUUGGCCUAUAAGGGAACAAAUCCUCGAAAAUGGUACAAAGAGGAUGGUGGCUGGGAGUUGCAUGUAGCUAGUACGGUAACCGAAUGGCUUUGCGCAAUAGCAUUUUGCGCUUAUAUCCUCACAUUUACGGAAGAAUUUAGGGAUGUCAGAAUAACUCCUCCAAAGGUGAUAUGUAACAUGCACCGCUUAAGUUUGAAUAACGAAAUAUUGAACGAGAGCCAAGACUCCACCGUGGUUCACGAUCAAGCGAAUCCAUCAACCAGUACCUGAUCGCUCAUAGGCAGAGGCGCCGGUGGCUACGUCAAUCUUCUCUCGCAUUCGCCGGUCGAUACACCUUGUCCCGGCUAUCGGUACCGCGAAUCUAGAGGCAAUCUGCUG